AUGAGCAACCAUGGGUCUGAUGAAGUAAGAAACGAUAGUUUUCUUGAGGAUCUUCAGGCCAGCCAACCCUCUGCUGUACUAAAAUGCAGCAAGGUCGAACUUGAAGAUUCUAAUGGCAGUGUUCGUGACGAUAACAAGACUGGUAGUGGCAGAUCCUGCGCCCACGAUGGAAAAGAAAAUAGAUUUUUUGUAAAGAAGUGGCAGAAGAGGCAGCGUACUGCUAGGGAUCAACAAAGGCACUGGGUCAAGGAACAACCAAGUUACAGAUAUCCAGCUGUAGAGAACAGUGUCUGGGUUGAACAUGGUAAUAGUUUGGAAGCUAAUGCAUUGGUUUUUUCUGGACACAACAGUGGUGCUUAUGGGAGAAUGCCCCGGAGAGUAUUGGGUGAAGCACCACAAUGGGUUGCUUCUCAACAGAGGUUGAAUUGCAAUGGGAAAAAAGGACUUGGAAAUUGUAGAGCAAACUUCUUUGGGUUGCAUGAUAAGUUUGUUUCAUAUCAACAAGAAUUUUCACAGGUUCCUUUUGGCAUGCACCAUUACAAGAAUAGAGAUACAGCCAAAAGAACGUUUUACAAUGAUCAUCUUGUUGCAAGUCAUGGAUAUAAACUCUGUUUGAACUCAUCCUUUGUGUAUUCUAAAAUAUCUACUCAAGGUGUGAUGAAUGGCAGUCAACCACAUAAAUUCAUGAAGAUUCCAAUCAUGGAACAUAAUUCGAGUAGGUGUUUAUAUUCUCCUUUGGACGGUAGACAAUACUCAGAGUUUGGAUAUCAUGGUGAUCAUAAGUUUAGGAAAGAUGUUACUACUGGAGCAAGUUCUAAGAAGUGGAAACCUGUUGGUACAAAAGAGUCCAGGCCAAUGGAGGGGAUUUGCUCUGAUGCUACUUGCAAUGCUUCAGAUCUUGACCUACCAGUUUUAAGCAAGGGGUUGGGUAAUAUCCAUCCAGAGGGAAGUUCAAUUCCUUCUCCUUCAUCCGAUACAUUUUCUGAAAUUAAAGGUACAAACUCAAUAUCUAGCCAUCAAUUGCCUUCGGCUUAUUGUGAGCACCCAACAUUUCAUAAGUCCACUGCAGAAGUAGAAGAUCAGAAAAUUGAAAGUAAUGGUUAUGAAGCAAAUGGUAUAAGACCAAAGGACACCGUUGAGUUCCUAAUUGGUUCACAAAUGGCAGUGGAAGCUCUAAAUGCUUCUUACAGAAUGCAAUUAGCAUCUGAGGUUGUUCACCUUACAAUGGGGUGUCCACUUGCAGAGUUUGAAAGAUUCAUCCACUGCGCUGCUCCUGUUAUUGCUUCUUCAUACAAACAUAAAAAAUGUUCUGUUUGUUUGGACGAUCAGCUGUCUCAUAGUUUCCUAUGCAAGCACCAGAUACCAAACUUAUCACUUCGCACUGUUUGGAACUGGUAUGAGAAACCAGGGAACUAUGGAUUGGAUGUGAAGGCAGAUGGUUCUAGAAACCUCAAUGAUUCAGUGUCAUUCCAUGCCCACUUUGCUCCUUCCCUUUCUGCUGUUCAACUGUUUCGGUCCAACGACCCUGGUUCCAAAACAUUAAAUUCCACAUAUUCUGCAGAAGCAGCAGAGCUGAACUAUCUUCAGGCAGGGACAGAGAACUUUGAUUCAGUCAAGGAGCCUAUUGGUUCUUUUGAUUGGUCACCUGAUUGUAAGCUCAUAUUUGAAUUUUUUGAAUCUGAGCAGCCACAUCAGCGAAAGCCUUUCUACAAUAAAAUUGUGGAGCUAAUUAGUGUUGGAACUUCUAAUCAUCACAUAUUUGGUGACCCAUCAAAACUAGAUUGUCUGAAUUUGCAUGAUUUACAUCCUGCCUCUUGGUUUUCGGUGGCCUGGUAUCCUAUAUAUCGAAUUCCAGAACGAAACUUCCGUGCAUCAUUCUUGACCUACCACUCACUUGGACAUUUUGCACAGAGACCUUUUCCAACUGAUGCUUCCAAUGAACACACAAGUCGGAUUCUCUCCCCUGUGUUAGGAUUGCAAAGCUACAACGCACAGGGUGAAGGCUGGUUUGAUCCCAAAAUACCUACAGCUUCUAACAGUGCAGAAAUUCUCAAAGAAAGGCUCAGAACAUUGGAGGCAAAUGCAAUACGUUUUGGCAGAGGUUGCGUUUUCAAGGAUAAAGUCAUGGUGUUCAACAGGCAUCCAGAUUAUGAGUUCUUCAAUUCUCGAAAAACACAUUAUAAAUAG